UCAUGACCACGCACCUACCUGUCCCUCAUCUACCUUCAUGCCUUGCCACGCUGUUUGUUAUUCGGUCCAUACCACCAAAGUGAAAGUGUGUGCUUGAUGAGACACGUGCACUUGGACCAGAAGAAGAAGAAAAGCUUGUGUGUUCAUCUGCAGCGGCCAUGUUGGCCUUCUCCCACUCCCACACCGCUCGCCACUUCAGAGCCAGCCGCUCACCGUGGAACAAUGGCGUGCGCAGCAAUGUGCUGACGGCGGCCCGCGCCCGUCGGCACGGUUACCCUCGGGCAGCGCCACGUAUAAAAAGAGCCGUGCGCCCGUGGCGGUCAGGACCUGGUUCUUUGUGGACGCCACUCUGUGGGGCCUGUGCAGCUAAAUCUCUGCUAGCAGACGGGACAGCAUGGCUGUCAACAAGCCCGACCUGCCGGGACCGUGGAAGAUCACGGUCUACGACCAGGAGAACUUCCAGGGCAAGCGGAGGGACUUCACCUCCUCCUGCCAGACCUUGGCGCAGUGCGGCAUGGACAACAUUCGCUCCCUGAAGGUGGAAUGUGGAGCUUGGACCGGAUAUGAACACUCCAGCUUCUGUGGACAGCAAUUUGUAUUGGAGAGAGGAGAAUAUCCUCACUGGGAGUCUUGGAGCGGCAGCAACGCCUACCACACCGAGAGGAUGGUGUCCUUCCGCCCCAUCUGCUGCGCUGACCGCAAGGAGUCCAAGAUAGUGGUGUAUGAGAAGGACAACUUGGUGGGACGGCAGUGGGAGAUAAGCGACGACUGCCCGUCUCUGCAGGCCAUGGGCUGGGGGACCAAUGAGGUCGGGUCCAUGAAGGUCCAGAGUGGCGCAUGGGUGUGCUACCAGUUCCCUGGUUACCGCGGUUACCAGUACGUCAUGGAGUGCGACCGGCAUGGCGGCGAGUACAAACAUUACAGGGAAUGGGGCUCCCACGCUCAGUCUUUUCAGGUGCAGUCGCUGCGUCGCAUCCAGCAGUGAGACUUGACCGUUCCUUUAAAAAUCAUCCUCACCUAUAAGCAUUCUAAACCCCCCUUACUUAAUACUUCCCCUAUAAGCAUUCCAGUACCACUUACUUAAUACUUCCCCUGUAAGUAUUCCAGUACCCAUUUACUUAAUACUUCCCCUAUAAGCAUUCCAGUACCACUUACUUAAUUAUUCCCCUAUAAGCAUUCCAGUACCCCCUUACUUAAUGCUUACCCUAUAAGCAUUCCAGUACCCCCUUACUUAAUACUUCCCCUAUAAGCAUUCCAGUACCACUUACUUAAUUAUUCCCCUAUAAGCAUUCCAGUACCCCCUUACUUAAUGCUUACCCUAUAAGCAUUCCAGUACCCCCUUACUUAAUUAUUCCCCUAUAAGCAUUCUAGUACCCAUUUACUUAAUGCUUUCCCUAUAAGCAUUCUAGUACCCAUUUACUUAAUACUUCCCCUAUAAGCAUUCCAGUACCCCCUUACUUAAUUCUUCCCCUAUAAGCAUUCCAGUACCACUUACUUAAUACUUCCCCUGUAAGCAUUCUAGUACCCAUUUACUUAAUACUUCCCCUAUAAGCAUUCUAGUACCCCCUUACUUAAUACUUCCCCUGUAAGCAUUCCAGUACCCAUUUACUUAAUGCUUCCUUUAUAAGCAUUCUAGUACCCACUUACUUAAUGCUUCCCCUAUAAGCAUUCUAGUACCCUCUUACUUAAUGCUUACUCUAUAAGCAUUCCAGUACCCUCUGACUUAAUACUUCCCCUGUAAGCAUUCUAGUACCCAUUUACCUAAUGCUUCCCCUUUAAGCAUUCCAGUACCCCCUUACUCAAUACUUCCUCUAUAAGCAUUCUAGUACCCCCUUACUUAAUGCUUCCCUUAUAAGCAUUCUAGUACCCAUUUACUUAAUACUUCCCCUAUAAGCAUUCCAGUACCCAUUUACUUAAUACUUACCCUAUAAGCAUUCCAGUACCAAUUUACUUAAUUCUUCCCAUAUAAGCAUUCUAGUACCCAUUUACUUAAUACUUCCCCUAUAAGCAUUCCAGUACCCCCUUACUUAAUACUUCCCCUAUAAGCAUUCCAGUACCAAUUUACUUAAUUAUUCCCAUAUAAGCAAUCCAGUAUGCACUGGUGUCUUUGGAUGUCUGUGAAGUUAAGAUGUCGCCAAAAUGAACCACUAUAAUAAAGAGUCUGAUGGUAAGAGUUACUGAGUGUUUGUAUUUCAAUCCACGGUUAUCAACCUGCAGAAGUAUUCUAACUUUAACAUACUGCUGUUGUAAUAUGUCUCCACUGUCUUGGGCCUAACAAAACUGACUGGGUACUUUAUUAUGAAUAUUUGAAUUCAGUGGAACCUCCAUUUACAAACUUAAUUGGUUCUCUAAAAUGGUUCGGAAAUGUAAACAAUUGUAUAGCGAAACUGAGUUACCCAUAUGAAACAAUGUAUGCAUGAAUAAUUGGUUCUACUCUCGAUAAAAGUCUGUUUUAAUACCAAAAAUGCACACUUUAAAGACUAUACAUAAAAGUAGGUAGUCACCUGAAAUGGUGUUCACUUCACAGGUGUGCUUGAAGCUCAUUGAGAGAAUGCCAAGAGUGUGCAAAGCAGUAAUCAGAGCAAAGGGUGGCUAUUUUGAAGAAACUAAAAUAGAAAUAAUAAAUGGGUUGUACUUGUAUAGUGCUUUUCUACCUUAAGGUACUCAUAGCGCUUUGACACUAUUUCUACAUUUACCCAUUCACACACACAUUCACACACUGAUGGAGGGAGCUGCCAUGCAUGGCGCUAACCAGCACCCAUCAGGAGCAAGGGUGAAGUGUCUUGCUCAGGACACAACGGAAGUGACGAGGUUGGUACUAGGUGGGGAUUGAACAGGGGGACCCUCGGGUUGCUCACGGCCACUCUAAUAUAGAACAUGUUUUCAGUUAUUUCACCUUGUUUUGUUUAGUACACAACUCCACAUGUGUUCAUUUAUAGUUUUGAUGCCUUCAGUGCCAAUCUAUAAUGUAAAUAGUCAUGAAAAUAAAGAAAACCCUGUCAGGUUCAAAGACUGAUGACAUCUAUUAAACAAGACAAAAGGCAGAGAAUAAACCAGAGACAGAAUUAAAUUUGGACUCAGAUCUGAGGAGAGACAUGGCCACUGUACACUCUUUUUACAGGUCUGCACCACGCUCUGCCCCAAGAUCCUACUCAUCCUUCUUUAUUUGCAUCACCCCACCCACCCCCCACCCCCCUUCCCACAGCUGCUUCCUCAGGAAAGUGGGUCGUGACCAGCGUUGCCUUCGGUCCCCGAACAGUUCAAAGAGAGUUCCAUAAAAUUGUUCAAAGAGAGUCCCAGAAAAUACUUCAAAGAGAGUCCCAUAAAAUAGAUCCAAAAGAGUUCGUAAAAAUACUUAAGAGUUCUUCUGGAAGUUGGGCAGAUCCUGCCAUCCGUCCGCUUGGAAGUCCGAGUCCAGUUUUACGAGCAUUCUUCUUGGAAGGUUUCAGCCUUUGGUUUUCUUGUCCGGACCACAAUGUAAUACAAAGUUUUUUGUGAUAAUUUAGAAACAAUUAUUCUAACAACCCAUUGAAUGAAAACGUGAGUCCAAACUUUUGGCCUGUACUGUACGGGGCGGCAUAGCUCGGUUGGUAAAGCGGCCGUGCCAGCGACUUGAGGGUUGCAGGUUCGAUUCCCGCUUCUGCCAUCCUAGUCAUUGACGUUGUGUCCUUGGGCAAGACACUUUACCCCUCUGCUCCCAGUGCCACCCACACUGGUUUAAAUGUAACUUAGAUAUUGGGUUUCACUAUGUAAAGCGCUUUGAGUCACUAGAGAAAAGCGCUAUAUAAAUAGAAUUCACUUCAGUUCACUACUAUAUAGUGACAAAGUUACAAAAUUUCAAAAUAUUUCCAACCUCACUUUGAACCACUUGGGUAGAACGGCCUACAUAGCUGUCUUUUAAUACUGCCCAAAAUCUUUGCCAUUGAUAAUCCAACAUGUUUGCUUUCAAUGCUGGUUGAUCUCGCGUUUCCUAAAUUAGGAGCCUUUUUUUUGCUUACUUCCUAAUAAAAUAAAAAUAGUUUGAUACGUUCACUAUUUUAUUUAAGGACAAAAUUGCAAUGCAAAACAUAUGUUUAAUGUACUCUAAGAUUUUUUGGUUCAAAU